CGACCUCACUUGCCACCAAAAAAGAAUGAUAAUGAACCCACAUUAGUAUUGGAUUUGGAUGAAACCUUAAUCCAUACUUAUCGUAGUAAAACAGCAGACAACGGCAGUGGAAUAGAAGCAGAUUAUAUGGUUUUUGCUGAAAAUGGCUACAGUUGUUUGUUAGCAGGCAAAUUACGUCCUGGCGUAUUUGAGUUCUUGAGUUGGGCUGCUAAAUCUUUUGAAAUCGUUGUAUGGACGGCAGGAAGGGAAGACUAUGCGAGCAUGGCGAGGCAUUGUCUGGACCCAGAAGGUGUUUUGAUAAGGCACAUGCUCAGUCGAAAUUCAUGUAUCCGUAUGAAAUCAGCCAAGACAAAAGAAAUAAUGUAUAUUAAAGAUUUGUGUGCAUUAGGCAGAGAUUUAAGCAAGACAUUUUUAGUCGAUAACACACCUCAUGCUGCUUCACUUAACCUAAGCAAUUUGAUACCAAUUGAAGCCUAUUUUGGUGGUGGAUCAGAUAAUGAGCUUAUGGAAUUAAGAAAGUUCCUCGAA